GGUUGGGCUGGAGGCUCCUCUCUCCUUCCUGUCUGCAGUGGGAACUGCAGGUAGCUGCCGCCUCUUGGACACCUGGCUGGAUAUGCUGCGGAAGAGCCGGCGGUUUGGUGGUGCUUCACUCGAUUGGGAACGCACAGCAUCGCUGCUGGCUGGGCUCUGCGUCUGUCCUUGGGGCUCAUCUUCCUGCAACAAGAGGAAAGAGGUGCAGGGCCUGGGGCAGACCCAGCCAGGCACUGGUGCCCCCUCGGGGACUAACGAGGGGCCAGGUCCUCACCCGUCUGCAUGGCACCGUCAGGAACUCAUGGUACGGCGUGACUGGGGCGGCAGCAUAGUGCUGCAGCAGGUCGGCCAGCUCGGCGUGGGCGCUCUGCUCCCCCAGGAUCACAUACCGCCCAUCCGGCAGCUGGUCCAGGACAAAGUGCCGACAGCGAUCCCUGCCCCUGGGGGAGAGGGGAUGGGUCGGCCAGCGGCCAGAUCCUGCCCCGGCUCCCUGGGAAACGCCGAGACUUCGAGGAAAAGCCUGCCACUGCUGGGGUUUGCUGGAGGAAGGCUGGAGCUGUGCGCAGUGGUGCAGGGGGCCCGGACCCUCGCCUGGAGGAAGGACCCACCUCUGGCUGUGAUGGCCGAGGGCAGCCAGGAUGGGGUCCUGGCUGAGGGGGAGCCAGGGGACACCCCUGACAGUACCCAGGUGAGCUGCGGCCAAGGGGCUGAGAUCUGGGGCUACAUAUGCUGGGUCCCUUGCCCGGGAGCUGCAGGGGAUGACCAGGAUACGGCCAGUCCUGCAGGGAUUGCGGGGAGUGAGGGGCUGGCAGCCGCCCUCAGCCCAGGCAAUGUGGAGGACCUGUACGAGCUGCUGGAGAAGCUGGGCAGCGGGCACUUUGGCGUGGUGAAGCGAUGCCGGGAGCGCAGCACCGGCACCUUCUACGCCGCGAAAUUUGUGAAGACACGGCGAUGCCGGGGCAGUCGGCUGGGGCUGGAGCGGGCACAGGUGGAGCGGGAGGUCGCCAUUCUCCGUCAGCUCGACCACCCCAACAUCAUGCGGCUCCACGACCUCUUCGUCAGCAAAGCCGAGAUGGUGCUUGUCCUGGAGCUGAUCGGCGGCGGGGAGCUCUUUGACUUCAUUGCGGAGAAGGAGAUGCUGUCAGAGGAGGAGGCCAUCGAGUUCCUGGGACAGAUCCUGCGUGGGGUGGAGUACCUGCACGCCCACCACAUCGCCCACUUUGACCUCAAGCCCGAGAACAUCAUGCUGCAGGAGAAGCAUGUCCCCAAGCCCUGGGUCAAGAUCAUUGAUUUUGGGCUGGCCCAGCACCUGGAGGACGGUGUCACCUUCAAGAGCCUCUGCGGGACCCCACAGUACAUCGCUCCCGAAGUGAUCAACUAUGAGCCGCUGAGCUCUGCAACCGACAUGUGGAGCAUCGGGGUCAUCACCUACAUCCUGCUCAGCGGCUUGUCCCCCUUCCAGGGUGAGACGGACGCCGAGACCCUCUCCAAUGUUGUAGCUGGCACCUAUGAGUUCGAGGAGCGCUGCUUCAGCCAGACCUCCGAGAUGGCCAAGGACUUCAUCCAGCAGCUGCUGGUGAAGGAGCCAGGGCACCGCAUGACGGCGGCCGAGUGCCUGGUCCAUCCCUGGAUCAAGCCUCUGAGCCGGAAGCAGGUGGCAAACCGGAGCCGUUCUUCCAUCAACAUGAAAAACUUCCGCAAGUUCAAUGCUCGGAGGAAGUGGAAGCUCUCCUACAACAUGGUGUCCGCCUGCAACCGGCUCUGCCGCACGCGGCUGCUCUGCGGCCUGAGGAAGGAGGACGAGGAGCUGCGCCGCUGCGAGAGUGACCAGGAGGAGGAGGGCAGCCACCCUGUCACGCUGCUGCGCCAGCGGAGAAGCAGCUGCUCCUGAGCCCCCCCCCCGAAAGGAGAUGGGGACCCCCCCCAAGAGGGGGCAUCCCAUGAGAGGAACCCUUGGGGUCCCCCCAUCUCCCCAUCCCAGGGAGCAGGAGCACUGUCCGGCCCCAGUGCUCCCAGUUCCGUGCUGCUUGGGGGUCACUGGGGCAGCAGCCCCCCCACCUCCUGCCCCCCCAGGUCUCUGCUGCAGCAGGGCUGGGGCUGCCCCACAGCUGGGACCCUCGCCUGUGCUCGGCCCUAGUGCAAGAAAUAAAUGUCUACCCCCUCA